GCAAGAUGAUCGAGGCACUUUGGAGUCAGUGGAGCAAAGGGUUCACCCAGAAAGAGACGGACGGCUCCGUGAGGGACCGCUGGCUUGACAAGGACAUGAACCACACCCCGGGCGACUAUCACACGCACCUCUCCGUGCAGGCAGUUCCCCGCAAGUUUUUCAGCCAGCCCAUCCGAUCCACAGGUUCCAGCUAUCCAGGACCGGACGGCGUCCUGUUUAAAGCAGAGAGGAAGGCGGAGUAUUUGGCAACGGGUGCCUUUCAAGACGCAUUUACUGCAAUGACCAGCGAUGCUGGGCUGCAG